CUGGGGAGGUUUGCUGCGUUGAGAUUGUCACCUUGUUUCCUACUUAAACAACGCGAAGAGUGGAAUUCAACGUUUGUGUGGGUUGUUCUGUCGCGGUUUUGUACCGAACGGGCCGCGGAGCUGCACCCAUGGGAUCACGGUGCCCUUGGGUUCAAUGAGUGCUGGGAUUUCCCCUCUCCCCCGCUGUUUUAAGUGACCUUUGAAUACCUCUGCUUUGAAGUUCAGCUCCAACCAGUGCCAUCAUGAUCCUGCGACAGAUCUUGCGGCUUUCCACCCUUUUCCGCUCCGCUGUGGCCAUUCAUGUGCGCAGGAACAUUGGGCUCUCUGCAAUUGUGUUCAACAAGACAAAAGAACUCGACCCGGUUCAGAAGCUCUUCUUGGACAAGAUCAGAGAGUACAACACGAAGAGCAAGCAAGCUGGAGGGCCUGUUGAUGCAGGACCUGACUUUCAAAAAGAUAUGAAUGAAUCCCUUGCAAGACUCCAGCGGGCGUAUGGUGAGGGAGAUCUCACCAAGUUUCCAGAAUUUAAAUUUGAGGAGCCCAAGUUUGAGGAGACUCAGAAGUGAUCUCUGCAGCUUGUAUACCGAACAGCAGUGUGCAGCCAUGGAGUUGCUGAACGUGGCAUCAGUCGUGAUUUAAUAAAUGUAGUGCUUCAGUUUGAUUUCA